UUGUAACGUUUUUUCAAAGUCAAAUUAGGUUUUCAAAAACAAAUCAGAAAACCCAAAUCUAUCGUCUCUUCGCUCCUCUUCACUCACGCGCGCCAUCUUCUCUGUCGCCCAGGCUGAAAAGGAAUAUAUUAUGGGUGAUAGGCUAGUAGUUGACCAACAGCACACGGGUGAUGCACAACUUCCAUCUUCUCCUCCCUCAAAAGAUGAUAUGGUUUCGUGUGUUAUGGCUUUGGAGGCUGCUUUGCUUCCCUGUUUGCCAGCCAGAGAACUUCAAGCAAUAGACCGUUCCCCCCACCCUUCACAUCAAAUUGAUGUGGAUAGGUAUGCAAGAGAUUUUAUGGAGGCUGCCAAGAAGCUUCAGCUUUAUUUUAUCAGCCUGCAACGAGAGGAUAAGCCAACAAAACUUGAAAUGCUUAGAAAGGAGGUUGCUCUCAUGGAAGAGGAGCUUAACAAAAAAAAUGAGCUGAUAAAAAAGCAAGAAAAUUUAAUUCAGGAGUGGAAGAAAGAGUUGAAAGAUCAGUUGGACAAACACAAGAUUGAGUUGGAUAGGGUUUAGCCUUAUGUCUGGGCUCAUCUGCACUUUAAAUAUUCAAGGAUAAAUAGUCACUUAUAUCCUUGAAUAUGUAAUUCACUAACAAAUGCGUCCUUAAAAGAUGAAAAUACAAAAUUGAGUCUCCUAAAGUGUAAAAAGUGCUACAAAUAUAUUCGAUCGUUAACUUUUGUCUGUCACGGUUAAUAAAUAGCUUACGUGGUAUAGAAGAACAAAUUUGUCACUAAAAUGAUUGUCAAUGUGAUCAUCUCUAAUUGUCAGGAUAUAAACAUAUUUGUUAUAUAAUAUUUUUUUGACUU